AUGAAUGACGAUGGCGAUGAGCACUUCAGAUUUCAUGUAACCACGGCCUGGCUCAAGCGUGUCGACGCCAGAGAGCUGCAACAUGCACCCUGGAUCGACUCGCCCGAUGCGUCUGACUAUUCCGAACCGGCCGAUGUCUACACGGGACCCACAAGAGACUCGAGACAGACGAUGUCCGCGUCCAUGGCAACGGCUGACGCCAAUAGACACCAGAAUGACUUGCGUGCCGGCAGUUUAGCCGAUACAAUGGGCAGGCGCGAGCUGAAUGGCCGCACGCUGAUGCCGUUACCGCAGGCUCGGGAGACGGAAGUGAACGAGCUGUUCAUGUCGAUCGAGCAGUGGCUCGGUCCUGACGCCUGUCAAGAGGAGACCGUUGAGGUGGCCGCUCUGGAUGACUUCUCUUCCAGCCAGUCCCUGGGACCUGUGGUCUCGAUUGGCUCCGGCGCCUCUUCUGCAUCGGCCGUCGCCGUCUCUGCCGGUUCUGCCGCCGCCACUGGAUCUGAACGUCGGUUGGGGCCGUUCUUGGCAGCCAUGGAACCAAACGACGAAGGCAACGGACUCGGACAAACAGAAGCGUCUGGCAACAGAGUGCGCUAUUUCAUCAAUCGGCUCCGCCUUACGGGUCCUAUUUCGCUGAGACGACAUGCUGGAAAGUAUGUGGUGUUGACGAUGAGCGAGGAGAAUUUACGCACAAUGCAGUACGCCGUGCUUUAUGUGGACGUGGAAUCCGGUGAGUUGGACAAUCCAAUCUUAUAA